UGCCCAUUAGUGCCACAUCAAUGCCACAUAUCAGUGCAUACCAGUGCACAUCAAUGCUACCCAUCAGUGCCAGUCAGUGCCACCUAUCAAUGCCAAUCAUCAGUGCCACCUUUCAGUGCCAGUCAGUGCCGCCUAUCAGUGCCAGUCAGUACUGCCUAUCAGUGCCGCCUAUCAGUGCCAUAUAUCAGUGUCAUGUAUCAGUGUCAUGUAUCAGUGCUGCCUUUCAGUGCCCAUCAGUGAUGCCUGUCAAUGCCCAUCAGUGC